AUGAUCUCUCAGGGGACAAGCAUUCUUCCCUGGGCGCUGGUUGCCUCGUGCUUGUUUCAAAUUUCGGCUGCGGGGAGAACCGAUGGCUAUACAUAUGGGCAGCCUAUGCCAGUAACGUGUCUGAAUCGAACGAUCGACUCCGGUGAACAUAUAACCGACGAUCUUGGAAAACUUCAAUUCAUUCCCUUCCCGACAUGCAAAGAGACCUCCGCGCCGCUCGCCCUCCGCUACGGCGUUUCCGAAUCAGUCAAUUGCACAAUCGAGGCCCUCCCCGAUGAACUCUACCACCUCCUAGAAUAUUACGUGCACUCGGAUGUGCCGAUGACCUGCCGCGUGCCCACGGCACCCCUCGACUCGAGCUCCGCGACGGACUCCAAGUCUGACGACGAGACAGCCGAAGAGAAGAAUAGUGUCGAUGUCUCGACGCUAGACGACAACGGACCGCCCUACACGCCCAUAACGUUCGCGCUGCAGGGAACCCUGCAGAAAAGUCACCUGCACAUCUGGACGGACAUGAAUGUCAUUGCGCAUAAUAUCCCGCAGAUAGCGGCCACGAAGAAGUCAAAGGGGGAUAAGGAGAAGGGGUACAUAGUCGCAGGGACAGCGUACUCGGUUCCGGAAUUCGAAUACUCGCUUCUCCACGGCAAGGGGAGGAAGAAAGACGACGACAAGAAAACAGACGAGGAGAAGGAAGCCUCUGCUGUUGCUGAGGCGGCGCGCGAGCCGUGGACGGAGGGACACGGGACGAAAGUCAUUCGCGGCGAGCCGCUGACCUUUUCGUUCCAUGUUAGCUGGGUUGAGGGUGGAAGGGGAAUUGGAUGGCCCGGCCGUGAUAUCUCGCAAUCUUCCUCGUCUGGGCUUGGGUGGUUCUUCUCGAAGGUGUUUUUCUUUGGGAUUGCGGCGUCAGUGGGUGCGCUGGUUGCGCUUUGGUGGGAGCGCAAUGGGAAUGGAGUUGGUGGGAGACGGGGCGGGUAUAAGGGUGAUGGCAUACUAGGUGUGCCGGCUCUUGGGAAGGGUGCUGUGGGUGUUUCGUUUGGGAACGGGUCGAAGACAAAUGGUUAUGGGUAUGGAGGGUAUUCCGCUAAUGGGUCGGGGAGCGGAUACGGAGGCUUUGCGAGUGGAAAAAGGGAUUGA